AUGAAGGACACGCAGUGUGCCAGCGGCAUCUGCCACACCCCCUCCAAGCGCUGCGCGGCGGCUAAGCCCGACAGCAGCCGCUGCACCCGCAACAAAGAGUGCACGACACGCGUGUGCGGCACCGCCACAAAGCGGUGCGGCAAGGUGGCCGAUGGCGUGAAGUGUGCAUCUGAUCAGGAGUGUGCCACCGGUUACUGCAACCACGGCUACGGGAAGAACGCCGCCAAAUGGGUGUGCGGCAAGUUCCCGCCCGGCUCGCCGUGCCGCGCCGACACUGACUGCACCAGCGGCACUUGGUGA